AGAAAAAUGGCUUAAUGCUAAGAGUUUGUACGUCCUGUGGAUAAAAAAUAUAAUUUUUAAGUUUAAAUGGCCUUCAGUGAUUUGUGUCUGAAUUCAAACGCUUACAGAUCCAUCGAAAAUGAAUCUGAUUUAUUAUCGGAAGAAAACUCGAUUGUCCGAGAGAUCAUCACGAAAAUUCUCGAAGAUACUGGGCCCGCAGAAACAUGCAGCUCUAUACCGCCACCGGAUAAAAGCAUUAACAUUCUACCACCGAGCCUAAACCAGUACCCAAACAAUGAUUCAGGAAACUUGUAUCUGUCAUCACUUUCUCCAUACAACUAUGGCCAAGCUCUCAACCUCACAUACAACUAUAAUGACCAACUGGGCGGAUACAACUUCAACUGCCAACCCCAACAUGGCUAUAAUACGAACGGUUAUGUCAAUUAUCCGGAAAAUGAUAUUAACGCGCUACUUAUGGACCCAAUCAGCGAUGCAGAGACUGUCACCCCGGAGCAGUUAAACUUACUCCGACUCGCCGCUCAAGAGAUUGGAGGCGCUCAGUUCAGUAGUCCAAAUAAAUACGACGAGAAAUUCUACAAUUUCUUCGAGCCCAACCAAAGAAACUCUCUCCCGGAAAUGAAUAUGUUUGGUACCAAUUACAGCCGACCAAACAGUCUCAAUUUAGACGCGACUUACAGUUACGAUACAGCACCCUACAAUGCUCCGAGGUUUCCAAACAAAUACGAAAAUGGUUAUAUGUUAGAUCAGAGUCAAGAUUCGAUGGAUUUGCUCGCUUACUUGAGCCAAAUAAACUUGGGCGAAAGAGUGCGGGACGAUUUGCUCCAAUGCGAUUUUAAAAUGCCAACGGACAUGAAUGGCUAUCAAAACGAUGAUUUCAUCAAAAUGCAAGAAGAAAGGAACAAGUUUAUGUUCAACGGUAUGAACUAUCCGCAACCUCCUGGCAAAGGUUUCAAUGGCGAGAACGGAUUUUACUUGAGUGACUUGAUGUCUCCGAUGUCAGAUCGGAAUAUGAACAAGAACAUGGAUUUCUUGAAUCCAGUGGGCUCGAACCCGAUGAAUUUUAAACCGAAUGGAUUCAACCAUCCAAACGAAUUCAUUCAAAGGCGAGAUAUAAAUCCAAUGUUGCCGCGAGAGAAUUUCCAAUGUAAUGGAAGCUUGGAUCGAACGAGUUUUGAUGCUUUAGGGAGAGAUACCGCCGCUGUAAAUUUACUAAGGCAACAAGAAUUGGCCAGACAAAUGAGCAUGUUUAUGAGAAACCGACCACCGCCGAAUCCUUUGAACGUGGAUGUUUCCUUUUUGCACGAGAACACUCCAUUUAAUCUUGGUUUAGGUGCAUUGCUUGGUCCUAGCCCACCCAUUCCACCGCCUAUGUUACCAUCACCAAUGUUGGAUAUACCCAUUUUGGCACCCUUCUACGCAAUGAGGAAUUUAAGAGGUGUAGCCACAUCCUCAAACAUCCUUCACGCUAGACUAGACGCGUGCUACGAACAGUGGAGACAGUUGGAACGGGAGAGGAAACGCACUGAAGCCCGACUUGCCCUAGCCUACCCUGGAAGAGCGGUCUCAUCUUCUAACUCCAUCCCUGUGCCUAGACUACCCCCUUGCCCUACCAGGGUUGACCGCCUCACAGUUGACAUGCUUCGAGAACAUACAAAGGUGUUAACAUUAAUGGGUAAAAUGGAGACCCUCCGUGCGGGCGUGUCUGUUGCCCAGAACAAAAAGCCAAAUAAGCCGGAAGACUGCAAGAUCACAGUAUUAAAGAGGGGCCAGGAGAAUGUGCCUGCUGAGAAGGAGGCCGGAUCGGAUUCCUACAACCCGGCUUCUUGGAGGGAGGAUGUGAAGAAUUUGUCGGAAAUAGCCCCUCACACCGAAGUGGAAAGCUCCAUGCUAGCGUGGAGGAAUGCGGUCGCGUGCGUACAGGCCGCUAGGCGACGGGAACUGGCACCACACUCUGCAUACCCCAGAUACAUGAGGACUGAUCCCAUACUACAGUUAGCUGACGCGGUGAAGCAACUCGGUAUUAGCGCCCGUCGGGCUCGCUGCGCGAUGUGGUGCGAUCUCACACUCACCGUCGCUCUUGCACCGCAUUCAAACGCACAGUUGCAAGGCGAGAAUUCACCCCAGCUCCCAGCGCAAGUAUCACCGAAGACGUCCCAAAGCAACCCCGCCAGUAACAUCCCAAACAACUCCAAACCAAAGCCGGCGGAGCAGAAAGAGGAUAAGACAACCACCGAAAAUCAACCAGCUAAAAACGAGACAAAGCAAGAAACCGACCAAAAACAGCCAAACAAACCGCCAGAAAGAGAGAAGAAUCAACGGCGAACUCAGAACUACAGGAGAGUUAACCAGAGGAAUGACUUCUAUCAGAAGAACCAGAGAUACGACAAUAGGUUCGUUCAUAACAGACAUCCAUAUCACUAUUUGGCCACCGGACCUAUAAAUUAAAUGUAUGACAUUUUAUAUCCCAACUCGAGUCCAUGAAACUGUGUGUUCCAAACCGCUCUUCCAUCCAACCCUUAUUUAUGAUGUCGACACUAUGAAAAUUAUUUUUGGGGUGUAUUCCUCAUAUUGCUAACCCAAAGUUUUAUCCAAGAACAAAAACUUCCCUUUUAUCACUCAAUAUGUUGUAUAAGUAUUACUUGAAUACAAGUGGAAAUCUACUAAGUACGAAAAGGUUUCAAAAUUAGGUAAUGUGUAGAAAAUACAUAGAAUGUAUUCCUACAAGAAUCGGAACAUUGGAUUUCUACUAAAGUUAUAAAGUAGGUUAGAUGGAAAAACAGUACGGAACACAUGGAUUUCAACUGAUGCAUGACAUUUGACAGUAGAUUUUAGGUCUGUAACGAUGACCCACUCUCAAAGUAUUUAUAAAAAAUAUAUAAAUUCUUGUCCGUAAUUCACCGCUAAUUUUAUAAAUUCCAAUGUAUAUAUGCUUGAAGUGGUUAUUGUCAGUUCGUCAUUUUUCCGCCAUUAAAAGCAGCCUUAGAAAUGGCCCAUAAAUAAGCUCUCUAUGCAAAAAAUCACGUUAAAACGCUGAUGCUUGAUAGAAGGACCGACUUACUAACGGACACUUGCAUUCAUAAUAUCAUUCAGGAUUAUUGCACAUGAUAUUUGCUAAAAAACUCUAAAAAUCUUCUGCGCCGCAAGACAUAUCUCUAUUCUCAUAAAUAUUCCUGGAUCCUCUUUAGUCCAUGCUAAAUUUUUUACAGGAAAUUCAUUAAUAUUCCUAUCCAAAUUAAAUACAUUUUG